AUGUUAGGCGGUGUAAGAUUAAAAGUGUCAUUAACCCACGAACGAACUUGUUUUGCAUACAUAAGUCCUAAAUACAGCGCCAACAAAGAACAAUCACAAUGUAUACAAAUCGUGUAUAAGGAAAAACAUAUAUUAUUAUGGGCAGUAUUCAGCAGCAAUGUUUCUGAAGGUUACAUAUCAUGCAAUCCAACUCACAGUAAGCUACUAGACUUAGAUGAGGGUGCUGAAGUUUUUGUGUCUCCAUAUGGUGAUGUUCCAGUCUUAGAUGAACUGUAUAUUGACACAGAAAGUCCUGAUGACCAAGAAAUAUUGGAGCAUAAUGCUGAUAUUCUUCAGUAUAGAAUCCUUGAUCAAUUAAGGCUGGUUGUCUCUCAUCAAAAAGCAGUAGUAUGGAUUUCAACAUCACUUCCAAUUGUUUUUACACCAAAGCAAACAGGCCUUUUGGUCAAUCAUAGUAAAAUUAUAGUAAAGGUAGAUGUUUUCAAUAAAGUUCAAAAUCAGAGCAAUACCUUAGGUGCUUCAACUCAAAACAAUAAACAGGCCUUUAACAAUAUUGGUCUUAUUAAUCAGGGUAUACUUCGGCCUUAUUUGAUUGUACCAAGCAGACUGGUUUUACGAGCUCUUGCUAUUGAUAGUGAUGGUAAAAAAGGCAAGAACUUAAUUCAUCCAUACACAGUUUUCAUACAUGAAGACUUAAUAGGUAGUACCUACAAAGAUUUGACAGUAAUACUAGCAACAAUGCAGAAUAUUCCAUCUAUAAGCCAUUUAUCAAAUCUUAAUGAAGAUGAAAAUAAAACCACAAAUACAAUUGAUGACUUGUGUGUGGAAAUAGUUCCAGUAGAUAAUGUGAUAUUCAGAAGCCUUUCUCAUGAAGUAUAUAACAAGAAUAUACCUUCUGUUUUAAUACCUAAGUCAUUAAAUGCAAUAAUUAAUAUAGAAAAUGGUAUAAAGAUUAUAUUUACCUUAAUUGGUGACAAGGCAGAACAACCCGAACAUAUUGAUGUCAUUACAUACACAGACAAAACUCAAACAGAAAUUGAUAUUAUUGAGAAGUUUAAAAAAUGUGUUGUUGAUAACACACAUUCAGGGAAACAGUUUUUAAUAAACAACAACAUAGUGAAGCAAAAUAAUCAAAUAACAAAUGGAUUUUUAAGAUUCAAGCUAAAACCAGAGAAAUUGAAAUACACAAUGUUAAAUUCAGAAUCAUUCAGACAUUGUUCUGUGUCUGCGAAAAGUUUGACAGAUGCUGAUUUGGAAUUACCAAAACAUGUGCCCUCAAAAUUAGAAUAUGAUUUCAAAAAUUAUUGUAGGUCUAUGAGAUCAAUGCAAAAUAUUGUUGAAAAAGUUGUUGCAAACAUAUAUUUUGAAAUUCAUAGGGAGGCAUGUUUUAAAGGAGUAUCUGAAAUAAAGAGUAAUAUUUUAAUUACUGGUGCUAGCGGCAGUGGAAAGACAUCUCUUUGUCAUAUUGUACAAAAGGACCUUACUCUAUGGUCCCAUGUACUUCAUUGUCGGCCUCUAAAGGGCCGGAAAGAUAUUCCAGAAGUAUUGAGUAAGGCAAUACUAAUUUGCCAGGAGCAUAGUCCAUCUGUAUUGAUUUGUGAUGACUUUGAUGCGUUGGUAUCGCCUAAUAUGGAAGGCGAUUCGCCGCAAGAUAUUGCGUUUUAUCAAAGACUGGCAAUUUGUAUUAAGAACAUGCUGCAGUCGUGUUCUGGAGUCUGUGUAAUAAUGACGUCACUCAGUAUGCAUUCCUUGCAUCCGGUAUUGAGAGAGUUUGGCGGGAAACCUCUGUUCACCAGCCAUUUUGACGUUCCUGAACUUGAUCAAGAUGAGAGGGUGGAGUUGUUCAAGCACUUACUAAAUAACAAAGUACGCGAGUCGUUCGUUAUUGAAGACGAUGACGUAAUCAGGAUGGCGAUGGAUACGGCCGGCUCCAGCGUGCGAGAUGUCGUGGACUACCUCAAUAAGAAGAUAUUCAAAGCUAUCAAGAAGAAAAAAUCAUCUACAGAUAAACCACGUCUCCAUGAAACAACAAAAGAAACACCCAAAGAACUAGAUAUCUGGACUCCAGUGGGAGGCUUGGAGGACGUUAAGCGGCAGCUCACGGAAGCCAUUUUCUGGCCAAUCAUGUAUCCAGUGCUAUUCCCAUCUAAACGAUGUGGGGUCAUGCUGUAUGGCCCGCCUGGGACGGGCAAAUCCCAUUUGGGGUCUUGUUUGGCCCGGGCCGCUAAUAUGCGAAUGCUCACUGUGAAGGGGCCGGAACUACUUUCCAAAUAUAUUGGACAAAGCGAAAAGGCUGUUAGGGAUAUUUUUGACAAAGCGGAGUUACAGCGUCCGUGUAUUCUCUUCUUUGACGAAUUCGACAGUCUCGCGCCCAAACGUGGUCACGACUCAACCGGCGUAACCGACCGAGUGGUAAACCAAUUACUGGCGAGGCUCGAUGGGGCCGAAGGGGGUGCGAAGGGUCCAGUUGUAGUUGCCACGUCUCGGCCGGACCUGGUGGACCCGGCUUUGUUGAGAGCUGGAAGGAUCGAACGCCAUAUUUACUGUGCUUUGCCGGAUUUGAAUGAUCGCCAAGAAGUGCUAAAGACGCUGGCACAGAAUGUGACAGUAGACGAAAGCGUAGACUUCCAGCUGAUAGCGGAAAAGACUGAGGGCUUCUCACCGGCCGAUCUGAAGUCUCUGCUGGUGACUGCGCAACUUGGAAGGUUGGAGACUCAGCUGAUGAGCAGCGAAAGUCGUCGUAUGGAGAGUGUGACAGUCAAUGGAGAAGACAUUGAAGCUGCACUGAAGGAAACCAAACCCUCACUUUCAAUGGAACAGAGAAGUUUCUAUGAUAUGAUAUACAAAAGAUUCCGAGGGGACCCUCUUUCGUCCGAACAAAAAAUUAUAUCGCAACAGAUGCUAAAACAGAGGGUCACGCUCGCCUGA